AUGAGGUUUUUUAUUCUAUGUCUCUCUUCUAUAUUUGUUUUAAAUGUUUUGGCCGCCAAAAAAUGUCCGAACGUACAAAAGGCCAAUUGUUGUACAGUCAAAAUUAAUUUGGAUUGUGGAUUACCAAACAAAUGUUUAAAAUAUGUGAACAAACAUUGUCCUGAUCGUAGAGCUGCAAUUGCUAGGAGAAAGUCUCACGUGGAAGUGAGACGUUCCCCAGCCGAUACGGCCAAAUGUGGAACUGCUGAGAAAAACUAUCAACCUUGUACAACCAAAUCUAUAGCCAAUAAGCUUUUUAAUGCUUGUUGUCAACUAUAUGUUCCGGAAGAAUGUCAUUUCAUGUGCAAUUAUGAAACAGAUCAAACAAAAACCCGAAAUAUGUUGGUGACUUUGGUCAAGGAAAAACAAUGUCAUCUGAAAUAUUUGUCGUCGAUUCUUUAUUGUGCUAGUCAGAAUCGGGAUAAUCGCAAGUGUUGUGCCGAUUUGGAUUUGAAUGCUCCUCAGCUGCAGGUUGGUCCUCGAUGUUUACGUAUGUGUGAUCCAUCUGGAACAGCCAUUGACAAAAUCACGAAGGAAGAUGUGACUUGUUUAUAUAAUUGGAAUGUGAUUAUGUAUUGCCAUCAUGCUGGAAUCAGAGAAAUGUAA